AGUAUAGCUAAGAUUCCUUUAGCCCAAACUGUGUAAAUCUUAGACACCUUAAAUAUUUUGAGCUAAGCUGCGUAAACAGUCUAAAAUAAAAAUUAGCAAGAGCAUCAAACUUUUGCAUAACACUUGUGCUUUAGGUAAUCAAUCUAUUGGAUUAAUAAAGUUGCUAUUGUGUAAAUCAGUCAUAAGGUUGCUGAGUGUAAAUUCCUGUUCUCUAAUUCUGUAGGAGGUUUUUAUAUUUUGCUUACAUUUGCAUAAAUGCACAACACACUUAAGGAUUGUUUUAGCUUUUGAAGAGUCCUAGGAAAACUGAGUAAAAAGUACAUACAAAAUACCUGCCGGGGUCAGCUUAAUAGUCUGUGGCAGCAGUGAUGAGAGAUGCUAUUUAGGGACCACAGCAGCACAGCUGUUUGUGGGCUGUGUCCUUUCUGUUCCUCUGCCAUCCAUGGCAACGAGAGCAGGAAUGGUGAAAGAUACAGCCUUGCCUUUUUCUUUUGGGCAACAAGUUCACAAACAAUGGCUUUUCCUAAACAUACCUGCAUAGGAUUAUUGGCUGUGGGUCUUUUUCCACCCUUUCUCCAAGUAAGAUUAUAGGUAGUACUUCUAACAUGUAAUCAAAGUGUUAGGUACUAGCAGUACCUAAUGUCUCAUUUGGGUUUUUUUGUCGUUGUUUUUUUUUUUUUUUAAACAGGAAGGUGAACAGAACUUCACUGCUUUUUAGGACUUGACUCCUGAUGGGCAGGAUUUUCUCUUGGCAGGAGUUUUUGAAGAUUCACGCAGCGAAGGAAGAAACAGCCAAUGGCGUCAGAAUCCAUGGUCCCAGAGCAGGCAAAACAACAUCUCAUAAAGGGAAAAAGGCGGCAGCAGCAGCAGCAAACUAGGUCUUCCAACAGUGACGGUGAAGAAGAUGUCUUUGUAUUUGAAGCAAAUGAGGCAUGGAAGGAUUUUCACCGCUCUCUUCUUCACUUCUUUGAAGCUGGAGAGCUCUGUGACGUUACACUGAAGGUUGGUUCAAAGCUUAUCUCCUGCCACAAGCUGGUGCUAGCUUGUGUUAUACCUUACUUCAGAGCCAUGUUUCUUUCAGAAAUGGCUGAAGCCAAGCAGACGUUGAUCGAGAUCAGGGACUUUGAUGGCGAUGCAAUAGAAGACCUAGUGAAGUUUGUGUACUCCUCCCGGCUUACUCUGACGGUGGAUAACGUCCAGCCUCUCUUGUAUGCUGCUUGCAUUCUUCAGGUGGAACUGGUAGCCAAGGCGUGCUGUGAAUACAUGAAGCUGCACUUCCAUCCCUCCAACUGCCUGGCAGUCAGGGCGUUUGCUGAGAGUCACAACCGCAUCGACUUGAUGGACAUGGCUGAUCAGUACGCUUGUGAACAUUUUACAGAAGUGGUGGAGUGCGAAGACUUCGUGAGCAUGUCACCACAGCACCUCCAUAAACUCCUGUCCUCCAGCAACCUGAACAUUGAAAAUGAAAAGCAAGUUUACAACGCUGCUAUCAAGUGGCUGCUAGCCAAUCCACAGCACCAUGCUUCGUGGCUGGAUGAAAUACUUGCGCAGGUACGUCUGCCUCUCUUGCCCAUUUGUUUCCUUAUGGGUGUUGUGGCAAAGGAAGAGAUUGUCAAGCAGAAUCUAAAAUGUAGGGAUUUGCUGGAUGAAGCAAGAAACUACCACCUUCACCUGAGCAGCAGGGCAGUGCCAGACUUUGAGUACUCCAUUCGCACAACACCAAGGAAGCAGACUGCUGGUGUGCUGUUCUGUGUUGGUGGUAGAGGUGGAUCAGGUGACCCGUUUCGCAGCAUUGAAUGUUACUCUAUCAGUAAGAACAGCUGGUUCUUCGGCCCUGAAAUGAACAGCAGGAGAAGGCACGUGGGUGUGAUCUCUGUGGGAGGUAAAGUCUAUGCAGUAGGUGGACAUGAUGGAAAUGAACACUUAGGAAGCAUGGAAGUAUUUGAUCCCCUCACAAACAAAUGGAUGAUGAAGGCAUCAAUGAACACGAAGAGGAGAGGAAUCGCUCUCGCCUCCCUUGGUGGCCCCAUUUAUGCGAUAGGAGGUUUAGAUGACAACACUUGCUUCAGUGAUGUGGAAAGAUACGACAUUGAUUCUGACCGAUGGAGUGCAGUCGCCCCAAUGAUCACUCCCAGGGGAGGAGUUGGCUCCGUAGCCCUUGUGAACCACGUUUAUGCUGUGGGUGGCAAUGAUGGUGUAGCAUCUCUUUCCAGCGUGGAAAAAUAUGAUCCCCACUUGGAUAAGUGGAUAGAAGUAAAAGAGAUGGGCCAGCGAAGAGCUGGCAAUGGUGUCAGCGAGCUCCACGGCUGCCUGUACGUUGUUGGUGGCUUUGAUGACAACUCUCCACUGAGCUCGGUGGAGCGGUUUGACCCACGUAGUAACAAAUGGGAAUAUGUGGCAGAGCUUACAACUCCGAGGGGUGGCGUUGGCAUAGCGACACUGAUGGGGAAAAUUUUUGCAGUUGGAGGUCAUAAUGGCAACACGUACCUGAAUACAGUGGAAGCGUUUGAUCCCAUAGUGAAUAGGUGGGAACUCGUGGGCUCUGUGUCACACUGCCGAGCCGGGGCAGGCGUGGCCGUGUGCUCCUGCCUCAGCAGCCAGAUCCGGGAUGUGGGCCAAGGAUCCAGCAAUGUUGUUGACUGCAUGUGAGCUCUGCUGCCUCCUCCAAAUUCCAGAGGAAUGACAGUAGGGACACAGCUUUUAAAUGCUGCAUUUUAUAUGGUAGGUUAAGAAAUAAAACCAAUACAUUUUCUCUGUGAAAAUGUUACCUUCUGCAACUGUAAAGCUUUUGGUGGCUUUCUAUCAACAGUGAUACAGAAAAGCCUGUGAAGACAUGGAAUAAAAGUGUCACUCACAGGUAAAAACCUGCCAAAAGCUGCAAUCAUCCCAUUUUUGAAAAAGUUGUAAUUUCAGAAUUGUGAGGCAGCUGUUGCAGGGACUUGUUUCUGAACUAUAAACCAGGCAUGGUGUAAGGAGAGAGAGUAGCAGCUAGUGCUGCUGAGCCUUACCCCACAGCCCUGCUACAUGUUUUCUGGAGGACUUGAGUGCCAUUUAAUAUAACUUAUUUUCAGGAAUAUAGUUUUAAACAUUUCCUAAUUGUACAAGAAGCUUUGUAACACAAAGCAUCUCAAGUUUAGAAGGUAACGACAUCCCUGUUGCACCCUAAGAUAACUGGAGCAGAGAAGUUGACUGCCCGCCUCCCAGGGGACUGCUGGCAGCAGUGGAAACUGCAGGUACUCAGUCUGAAACCUGUCUUUCAAUGGAUUUUCUCAAACUAAUACACUAGUUAGAAAGCUGAAAAUUAUUCCUGAUCUGAGUUUAGCCACUGGAGUACUGGAACUCUCAAGUCUUCAAUAAUAUCUGUAGUAACUAGAGGCAAGUUUCUGUGAGAGGUCGUUCCUGAAGUAACCUGUGUAGUUUAUCUUACUUCAGGAUGAUAGUGUAUGAAAAUGUAGGCUUCAGCGGUGAAAUCACCAUUUCAAUACAAUGUGAAAACACAUCAUAAAAGUUGCAGUAUUCUGUAAAGACCUUUAAAUGCAACUCUGAGAUGGCAGAUGCAGUUUCAGUAUCCAGCAGCAACUCUGUGGUAAUUCUAGAGGUAUUGGCUCUUUUAAGAUAGUUAAGCCAGGAAGAUGUAGCCUCAAAAGGAGGUAGAUAACUUCAGGCUUACAUAAAUAAAAGAGAAUCAGCAACAAAAAGGAGUGGAAAUAAACCAGUACUUACAUCAAAAAACUGAAAGAGGAACUGCACACGUGCUGUGUACAAAGGCUCCUUGUUAUGCAGACAGAAACCCUGAAUUCCAAGCAAAGUUUAGCUGGGGAGACUGAAAGUUCCUGUUCCUGUUCCUGCACCCCCCUCAACAGACCAACUGACAAUCCUUUGUGACCAAAAAUCCUUUGUUACCAGGUUGUUCCAAGUGACCAGGGAGAGCAGCAAACUUCUGUGUUCAGUAGCAGGCAAGAGGCAGGACAGUGGAGCAUCAGGCCCUGUCGUGUUUUGCUGUUGAGUUACCAUCAUGCAGCUUUUCUGUUUCAAAUGGCUCUGGUAGUGCCCAGGGACAAAGCGAAAGGUACUGUAAAUAAUGCAAUGUUGCAAUAAAACAUUUGUACUUCAAAGCACCUUGUUUAUAGUGUGACUGGUGUGCGCUGUGGUGGGGAAAUGUUACAGCAUCCAGUAUUCUUUGGCAUCUGCAGAGCGUGGUUCUCGCCAGGAAGCCUUGGUCAGCAGGGAAAAUCCUGUGUUACAGCCACGAGCUGCCACCCUUCUACCCCCUGUGAGGAUGUGGUCAGCCUUGAUCUGGCUAGGAGGGGUGAAAGGAAGAGUGCAGGUUCCCUCUCUGGAACCAAACAGGUUCUUCUAUGGAUGUCCUGGCUAACAAGGAAACUUAAGGGGAAAAAAAAAAAAAAAAGGCAAGUUUUCCACUAAGUGCCACUGAUCGUGGCAACAAGCAGCCUGGCAGCGUUGCUUGUCAGCUGAUCCAUUUCUCCUCUUGCUGGGAAAGCACUGGCACCCAUGGGUGCAGCCCAGAUCUGGCAAUCACCUUCCAGGCACCG